AACAUAUUCUAGUAUUCUAUCGUGAAAGGAUCCGGUUGAACAAAAGGAAAGAGAAAGGCGACGCCUCCCUCUCUCUCUCUCUCUCUCGUUGUUUAGUUCUUCUCUCGAGUCAUCUUUCUCUCUCACCAUUCGGAGAAGGCUGCCACCGUUUCAAUAUAAAUUUCUCAAAGGAGGACACCUUGCAUUCUUCUCCUCUCCGUUCGAUUCCUUCUCUUUAUUGCUUCUGUUCGUAAGGGGAUCGAUGGAUAGGUAGAAACGGAAAUGGGAUAGAUUUUGAUUCUGGGGAUGGGAUAUUGACGAGCGUCGGAGACGGUUAAUGGCAGCGUUCAGCAAUCAAUCGGUCGUCCCCCUCGCCCUUCUGUUCAUCGCUUUCUCCGUUCUCCAAAACCCUAGAAUCUCGGCCUCCUCCUCCGCGUCGUUCUCUUAUUCCAUCAUCGAGGGAGCUUCCUGCGAGGAAGAUUUGAACGGGACUGGGUCGUUUGACAGUCUUUGCGUUCUGAACACCAGCGUAGGCCUAGAGAACGAUCUUUACAUCAGGGGGAAGGGGGACCUGCGGGUCGAGCCGGGGGUUUCUUUGAGUUGCCCGAUCGCCGGGUGCGUCAUCGAUGUGAAUAUCUCCGGGAGUUUGGAACUGGGGAAGAGUUCGUCGAUCGUUGCGGGGACGGUCGUCGUCGGAGCGGCGAACGCGAGCUUAGAUGAGGGGGCGCUGAUCAAUUGCACCGGUUUGGGAGGGAAGCCGCCUGAUCAGACGAGCGGGACGCCGCUUGGGGUCGACGGCGCGGGAGGUGGGCAUGGCGGGAGGGGUGCAUGCUGCAUCAAGGAUGACAGGAAGCUUCCUGAGGAUGUAUGGGGUGGGGAUGCGUAUUCUUGGUCGACGCUAGCAGAGCCAUGGAGCUAUGGCAGCAAGGGCGGCACGAUGAGUAAGGAGGUGGAUACGGGGGGUGGAGGAGGAGGAAGGAUCAAGAUUAUUGUUGAGGAUAUCUUGGAUGUGAACGGGAAUAUAUGUGCUGAUGGCGGAGAUGCAAGUCUCACAGGUGGCGGGGGCUCUGGUGGGAGCAUCAUUCUUAAAGCAUAUAAAAUGAAGGGAAAUGGAAAAAUAAGUGCCUCUGGAGGAAAUGGUUGGGCUGGAGGUGGAGGUGGAAGGAUUGCCAUUGACAUCUUUAGCCGUCAUGAAGAUCCAGAAAUUUUGGUUCAUGGUGGAAUAAGCCAUGGUUGUCCUGAAAAUUGUGGUGCGGCUGGAACACUUUUUGACUCUGUUCCUCGAAGUCUCAUAAUGAGCAAUCACAACUUGACGACUGAGACUGAUACGCUUCUUCUAGAGUUGCCUAAUCAGCCUCUUUGGACAAAUGUUUUCAUUAGAAACCAUGCACGAGUUGUUGUUCCUCUAUUGUGGAGCCGUGUGCAGGUUCGAGGACAACUUAGCUUAUUGUGUCGUGGAAUUCUCACAUUUGGCCUCAGUCACUAUCCUUUUUCCGAGUUUGAGCUCAUGUCUGAGGAGCUUCUCAUGAGUGAUUCAGUAAUAAAGGUGUAUGGGGCUUUGCGCAUGUCUGUCAAGAUGCUCCUAAUGUGGAACUCAAAGAUGUUUAUUGACGGUGGAGGUGAUUCCAUUGUUGCAACAUCCUUGCUUGAAGCCAGCAAUUUGGUGGUUUUAAAGGAGUCUUCUGUCAUUCGUUCAAAUUCAAACCUAGGAGUACAUGGGCAAGGCUUACUUAAUCUGUCAGGUCCAGGAGACCGAAUAGAGGCUCAGCGUCUGAUUCUUUCACUAUUUUACCGCAUCAAUGUUGGGCCAGGAUCUGUCUUGCGAGGUCCUUUGGAAAAUGCAACAUCAGAUGAUUUGACUCCUAGACUAUAUUGUGAAAGCAGGGACUGUCCUGUUGAACUUCUUCAUCCUCCUGAAGAUUGCAAUGUCAACUCCUCACUUUCUUUCACUCUUCAGAUCUGCCGGGUUGAGGAUAUUCAUGUUGAAGGAAGCAUACAAGGGGCAGUUAUUCAUUUUCAUAGGGCAAGGUCUAUAAUAGUUUAUUCAACUGGAAGCAUAAGCACAUCAGGGCUAGGUUGCAGAGGAGGCAUGGGAAGGGGGAGAAUUUCAAGCAAUGGUGUCAGUAGUGGUGCUGGACAUGGUGGCAAAGGUGGUGGAGGGUACUAUGAUGGAAGCUUUGUUGAGGGAGGUGAUGCAUAUGGAGAUGCCCAAUUGCCUUGUGAACUGGGAAGUGGAAGUGGAAAUGAGACCUUUGGUCUAACCACUGCAGGUGGGGGUAUUAUAGUUAUGGGUUCUUUGGAACAUUCUUUAUCAAGCUUGUUGGUGGAUGGCUCUGUUAAAGCAGACGGAGAAAGCUCUCAUCUUAUUGUGAGGCACCAAGACUAUGGUACAAUUGGUGAUGGGAAUGUAGGCACUGGUGGAGGUUCUGGUGGAACAAUACUUUUGUUUCUGCGGAUGUUGACCCUUGGAGAGAUGUCAACACUUUCAAGUACUGGUGGGCAUGGUAGUCACAUUGGAGGAGGAGGUGGUGGUGGUGGGAGGAUCCAUUUUCACUGGACUGACAUUCCCAUUGGUGAUGAAUAUCUUCCAAUUGCGAGUAUUGGUGGAGAAAUAACUGCAAGGGGAGGAUUGGGAAAAGAUGAGGGUGUAGCAGGAGAAAAUGGAACUAUAACAGGAAAAGAGUGUCCCAAAGGACUCUUUGGGUUGUUUUGUGUGGAAUGCCCAUCAGGGACCUACAAGAAUGUCACUGGUUCUGAUCCAGAGCUUUGCUAUCCAUGUCCAGCAUAUGAGCUCCCACAUAGGGCAAUGUAUAUUAAUGUUCGAGGUGGUGUAGCUGGAACUCCUUGUCCCUACAAAUGCAUGUCUGAUAGAUAUCACAUGCCAAACUGUUAUACUCCCCUGGAAGAGUUAAUAUACACUUUUGGUGGGCCUUGGCUGUUUGGCCUCCUUUUAUCUGGUCUGCUUGUUUUAUUGGCCCUUGUGUUGAGUGUAGCACGCAUGAAGUUUGUCGGUGCUGAUGAAUUGCCUGGUCCUGCUCCAACUCAACAUGGAUCUCAAAUUGAUCACUCAUUUCCUUUCCUUGAAUCACUGAAUGAGGUUCUGGAAACAAAUAGAGCUGAAGAAUCCCAGAGUCAUGUGCACAGAAUGUAUUUCAUGGGUCCAAAUACUUUUAGUGAACCUUGGCACUUGCCCCACUCGCCUCCAGAUCAAGUUAUGGAGAUUGUGUAUGAAGAUGCAUUCAAUAGAUUUGUCGAUGAGAUCAAUGCUCUGGCUGCAUAUCAAUGGUGGGAGGGUGCUAUCUACAGCAUUCUUUCUGUUCUUGUUUAUCCCUUUGCUUGGUCAUGGCUGCAAUGGCGUAGGAAGAAGAAACUGCAAAGGCUUCGUGAGUUUGUUCGGUCAGAGUAUGAUCAUUCAUGCUUGCGCUCAUGUCGAUCCCGUGCUCUCUACGAGGGGCUUAAGGUGGCUGCUACUCCAGAUUUGAUGCUAGGUUAUAUCGAUUUUUUCCUUGGAGGAGAUGAGAAGAGACCCGAUCUUCCCCCUCGCCUUCAUCAACGGUUUCCCAUGUGUUUAAUCUUUGGUGGCGAUGGGAGCUAUAUGGCACCAUUCUCUCUUCACAGCGACAAUGUUCUGACCAGCCUUAUGAGUCAGUCUGUACCACCAACCAUAUGGUACAGACUUGUAGCUGGAUUGAAUGCUCAAUUGCGAUUAGUUCGUCGAGGCCGCCUACGUGUAACAUUGCUGCCAGUUCUUAGUUGGCUUGAGACUCAUGCUAAUCCUGCUUUGAACAUGCAUGGUGUAUGGAUUGAUCUGGCUUGGUUUCAGGCUACAGGCUUUGGUUACUGUCAGUUUGGACUUGUAGCUUAUGCCUUUGAAGAAGAAGCUUUCACUUCUUGUGAAGUCUCUGGUGGCUUACCGAGGGAUGAAUUGCCACGUACGUACAGCUUACAAGGGGAUGAUCAAGUGAAUCACAAUGUGAGGAGCAAUGAAAACAUUUUGUUGCGUAAAAGAAUUUGUGGUGCUAUUUUAGACACAAAUAGUUUGCGCAUGCUUGAGGAGAGAAGGGACAUAUUCUUCCCCCUCUCCCUUAUUGUUCAUAACACCAGACCUGUUGGUCACCAGGAUCUUGUUGGAUUGGUCCUAUCUGUUCUGCUAUUAGGAGAUUUUAGCCUAGUGUUGCUUACGUUACUGCAGCUAUACUCAAUCUCACUGGGAGACUUCUUUUUAGUUCUCUUCAUUCUUCCUCUAGGCAUACUUUCACCAUUUCCUGCUGGAAUCAAUGCGCUAUUUAGCCAUGGUCCAAGACGGUCUGCAGGUCUUGCUCGUGUGUAUGCAUUGUGGAACGUUACUUCCUUGUUUAACAUUGUUGUAGCGUUCAUAUGUGGAUUCCUUCACUACAGAUCCCAGUCUUCAAGUAAAAAACACCCAAAUUUUCAGCCUUGGAAUUUUAGCAUGGAAGAAAACGGAUGGUGGAUGUUGCCUACCUGUCUCGUGCUGUGUAAAUGCGUCCAGGCACGACUGAUUGACUGGCAUGUUGCUAAUCUAGAGAUUCAAGACCGAUCUUUGUAUAGUAAAGACCCAAACAGGUUCUGGCAGUCCUGAUAUUCGUUAACCAUUGAUCGUGGUGAGUAUUACACGUAUUUUUGGCCCUUUUGUUCUCCCUCUUUUUUUUUGGCAGAGUGAGAAGAAGUUGCUAAGAAGUUGAUUGUCACACGGAAAAGGGGUAGCUUUCCUUUUUGGGUGCUAUUCAAUUUGUAACUAUGAAGAGCAUGCUGAUUGGUCCGUUCGAGUGUAGUCAAAAGUUAAAGAGUUAAUGUCCCUGUGCAGCUACAAUGAUUCUUUUGCCAAUGUAAAUAUCAGAUGCGUAUUCUUUGCUAAACGGCCUCUUAUGGGGAAAUGGUUAUUUUUGGUC